AUGUCCUCUAAACACUUUCUAGUUCUCCUUUUUGGAUUGAUGUUUCUCAUUACUUCUAGCUUUGCUCAUUAUUGCAAGCCUCCCACUUGUAAGCUUCAUGUUGAAAAAUUACUGUCAAAGAAUGAGCACUUUCCUCCUGAGACCGAACCCAUUAAGGACGAAUCCAUUAGGGACCUACCCAUUGAGGAUGACCCCUUUGAGGACGACCCCGAGGACGAACCGAUAAAUGGUUGUCCUAUUCUUGAUGGUCUCAUUCACAAUGGGCCACCAUUGCACAAGCUUCAAGUUGAAAAACCACUUGUUUACAAGCCUUCAGUUGAGGAAUCACCUCUGGAGAAACCACCGAGUUUUAUGCCCCAACCUUAUGGUCACUGGCCUCGUUUAUCAAACACAAAUUGA